AUGGGCAAUACCACCAGUAUUGCUGAUGCUCGUGACUGCCUGGUUUCUGCCGUCGGUGGGAAUUCAGCACAUGUUGCCUUCUCAGACCAGCUGCUUUACCAGUCCACGGCAGUCCACGCGUAUAAUCUGAAUCUCCCUGUUACCCCAGCGGCAGUGACUUUCCCGCAGUCCGCGGAGCAGAUUGCUGCUAUUGUGAAAUGUGCCUCUGAUCGUGACUACAAGGUUCAGGCGCGCAGUGGAGGGCACAGUUUUGGUAAUUAUGGCCUCGGAGGAGAUGACGGCGCGAUAGUAGUCGACAUGAAGCACUUUUCGCAAUUCUCUAUGGACGACUCGACGUACACCGCUACAAUCGGACCGGGGAUAACCUUAGGCGACAUAGACACAAAACUCUACAGUGCAGGAAAGAGAGCAAUGGCGCACGGAAUCUGCCCUAGUAUCAAAGCCGGGGGCCACUUAACGGUAGGCGGACAGGGACCGACGAUGCGCCAGUGGGGGAUGGCGCUGGACCAUGUCCAAGAAGUCGAAGUGGUGUUGGCGAAUUCAAGUAUCGUGCGAGCGUCAGAGGCUCAGAACCAGGAUGUCUUUUGGGCUGUUAAGGGUGCGGCCGCGAGUUUUGGGAUUGUGACUGAGUUCAAAGUGCGCACUCAACCGGCGCCGGGACUGGCUGUUCAGUUCUCGUACGGAUUCAAUCUUGGAACUGCGGCGCAGAAGGCACAGGUGCUUAAAGAUUGGCAGGCAUUUGUAGCGCAAGAGGAUCUGUCGUGGAAAUUCGAGACCAAUUUGAUUAUCGCUGACGGGCAGAUUAUCCUGGAAGGCAUCUUCUUCGGGUCAAAGGAGGAGUUUGACUCGUUGGACUUGGAGAAUAAAUUCCCUAUCAGUGAGCCUGGUACGAUCCUGGUCCUGGAGGACUGGCUGGGAAUGAUCGGGCAUGCUCUGCAAGACACAAUUCUCCAAAUUGUUGGCGACACCCCGACGUGGUUCUAUACAAAGUCGCUUGGCUUCACGCCCGACACCCUGAUUCCUGAUUCCGCGAUUGAUGAGUUCUUCGAAUACAUUCACAGCAACAAUGCUGGCUCCCUGACUUGGUUUGCCACUAUAAGUCUCGAGGGCGGCGCUAUUAACUCUGUUCCUACCGAUGCCACUGCAUAUGGCCACCGGGAUCUGCUGUUCUUGAUCCAAUUCUUCAUGGUGAAUCCGCUGGGUUCGAUCUCGCAGACGCAAUCCGAUUUCACCGACGGUCUCUAUGGCGUCCUUACUGAUGCCGUCCCGGAGAGCGCGGGACGUGCGUAUCUCGGCUGCCCGGACCCUGACAUGCCUAGUGCCCAGCGCGCAUACUGGGGCAGUAAUCUUCCCAGGCUGGAAGGGUUAAAGGCAGAUCUGGACCCGAAGGAUAUCUUCAAAAACCCUCAGGGCGUCCAGGCCGCACUGUGA